GCAGCACUUCAGCCUGGUCAAGUCUAGGCAUUGGCGUCAUUAUAAAGGCAUCUUUGCAAAACAUCACUGUUGCGCAGUUCCUGGUGAUUUGCAAGCCUAACCGCAACAUUUGGUGACAAUGCCUGAUAUUAGAUCUUUCUUCGGCCCCAAGGGCGGUGGUCCUCCCAAGCCGCCUGCGCCAAAGGUCGAUGAAUCCAGGCAAAAGCGAGCCAAGAGCCGAAAUGUUGUCGAAGACAGCGAUGACGACGAUGUCCCGGUAACUAAGAAGGCCGCUCCAAAGCCUGCCAAAAAGAAGGCCAGCGAUAGCACCAAUGGAGCUGAAAUAUCAACGAGCGACUACUUCGCGGCUGCCAAAAAUGCGCCCAAGACUACAACCCCAAAGAAGGAAUCCUCGAAGCCAAACCUUGAUAUCGAUGUCCCCGUUCGCUCCAGCCCGCGCGGUAAAGCUUCUACCAAUUCAACCCCAGCUAAGGAUAUAGGCUCAAAGCGCAGAACAUCAACGAAAAAAUACGUCGUCGACGAUGACGAAGACGUUUAUAUGGAAGACGCAGACGAAGACGCUGAUGGUAUCGAUGCUGCUGACGCAAAGUCCCGUAGCAAGAGAAACAACGACGACUAUGCCGAGGACUCUGAUGAGGACGAAGUUGUUGCGAAGCCGAAGCGAGUAGUUUCAAAAAGCACCGGAGCUACAACCUCUCAGAGUACAAAAAGCCGAACCACUGCACAGCAGAAGCGAAAGACGCCUGAACAGUACACUGACGACGAGGAUGAAGAUUUGCCUCGCAAAAAGCCUGCUACCGCCAAACCCCGAGCUCCUAGAGCUAAAAAGGCCGACGAACCAGAAGACGCCUCCAUUCAGAAUAUCAUCGACAGUAUUGCGACAGUCCGGCCUCCAACACCACCUCCCAAAGACCCCAAUGCUAAGUUUGAUUGGCGCAAGGCUGGCGCUGGCGGCGGUAAUGCUUCUGCAGCACCGGCAGAAGGAUCUGCCGAGCUCCCCGCUGGCGAAGAAGAAUGCCUCUCAGGCCUCUCCUUUGUCUUUACCGGCGUACUUGGUACCAUUGGUCGUGAGGAGGGUCAGGCACUUGUUAAGAGGUACGGUGGCAAGGUUACUGGUCAGCCUAGCAGCAAAACAAGCUUUGUUGUUCUCGGUGACGAUGCUGGGCCAAGUAAAUUAGCCAAGAUUAAAUCUAUCGGCAUCAAGACUAUUGACGAAAAUGGCCUGUUCGAUCUCAUCCGAAAGCUACCUGCGUUUGGAGGUACUGGUAAAGGAGCACAAAAGGCUCAAGAAAAGAAAAAGAUUGAGGAAGAGAAGAUUAAGCAGCAGGUCGCCGAGAUGGAGGCAGAAGAGAAGGCUAAAAAGGCAGAACUCGCCAAAGCAGCCAAGCAAGCUGCUGCGGCUGGCGGCCCCCGUCCUGCUCAGGUACCAGCCGCUCCUCCUGCUCAGCUGUUGACAUCCAAAUACGCACCAACUCAGCUUAGCCACAUCUGCGGAAACAAAGGCCAAGUCGAGAAAAUUCAAAAUUGGCUGCGAAACUGGCACAAGUCCAAAAAAUACAACUUUCAACGCCGCGGUGCGGACGGUAUGGGCGGAGAACGUGCUAUUAUUAUUUCUGGUCCUCCAGGUAUUGGUAAAACUACUGCCGCUCACCUGGCAGCCACGCUCGAAGGCUAUGAUGUUCUGGAAAGCAACGCCAGUGAUACUAGAAGCAAAAAGAUGGUAGAACUUGGUGUUAGCGAUGUGAUGAACAAUACCUCUCUCCUUGGUUUCUUCUCUGGUGAUGGAAAGCAAGUCGACACAACCAAGAAGAAGAUAGUUCUCAUUAUGGACGAGGUGGACGGUAUGUCAGCAGGUGAUCGAGGAGGUGUUGGCGCUCUCGCCAAGUUCUGCAAGAAGACUGAGAUUCCCCUCAUUUUGAUCUGCAAUGAGAGAAAGCUACCAAAGAUGAAGCCUUUUGAUCACGCUGCGUACGAUAUCCGAUUCAACAAGCCAACUGUUGACCAAGUCCGCUCUCGUAUCAUGACGAUUUGCCAUAGAGAAGGAUUGAAGCUGCCUCCAAACGUUGUUGAUGCCCUCAUCGAAGGUAGCAACAAGGAUAUUCGACAGAUCAUUAACAUGAUCGGUACCGCUAAGCUGGAUCAGAAGAGCAUGAACUUUGACCAAGGCAAGGCAAUGACAAAGGCGUGGGAGAAGCACGUGGUGUUGAAGCCUUGGGAUAUCGUUCAGAAGCUCUUGGGAAGCGGCCUCUUUGCACCUUCAAGCAAUGCUACGCUCAAUGAUAAAAUCGAGCUGUACUUUAACGACCAUGAGUUUAGCUAUCUUAUGGUGCAGGAAAAUUACCUCCGAACAAAACCCAUGGCAUUAAGCGGAAAAGGCUACAACCCUCGUGAAGAAAGAUUGAAGGCUCUUGAGUUGUUUGAUAAGGCAGCCGAAAGUAUCAGCGACGGAGAUCUAGUGGACCGUAUGAUCCAUGGCCCUCAACAGCACUGGAGUCUAAUGCCUACCCAUGCUGUCUUUAGUACCGUUCGCCCAGCCAGCUUUAUUUCUGGUCAACUGAUUGGAUCCAACUUCACCUCAUACCUUGGAAACUUGAGCAAAUCGGGCAAACUUGGCCGCUAUGUCCGUGAAAUCCAUUCCCACAUGCGGUUGAAAUGCUCUGGUGAUCAUAACGAGAUUCGACAGCAGUACAUGCCGCUCCUUUGGACUCAAUUGAUCAAUCGAUUGCAAGAGGAGGGUCAGGAAUCAAUCUCUGAGGUCAUUGAGUUGAUGGACAGUUACUACUUAACACGCGACGAUUUUGACGCUAUUAUGGAGCUUGGUGUCGGCACCAUGAAUGAGGAGCAUGUCAAAAUUGAAACAAAGACAAAGGCAGCUUUCACGCGAACGUAUAACGCCAUGAGCCAUCCCGUUCCGUUUAUGAAAGCAGCGAAUGUUGCGGCUCCCAAGAAACAGGCCCGAGACGCCCCUGACCUGGAAGAGGCUAUUGAGGAAGAAGACGAUGGUGAAGUGGUAGAGCCAGUCGAAGAAGAUGAUGACGAGAUCGACUUCAAAAAGGACAAGUACAUUAAGAAGCCAAAGGCGAAAAAGGCAACAAAGAAAGCCGCCAAGGACGAUAAUGACGAUGAGAAGCCCAAGGCAAAGGGCAAGAGUAAGGCAAAGUAAAACCAUGUGGGCAUUGCAAGGCGUACCCUAUAGCAGUUCAAAAUUUAUUAUUGUGGGUUUUGAUUUGGAAUUUUGUAUUAUUUAGCAUUUGGAAUUUAUAUGGUAUGGAUUUUCGGUUACCAUAGUAUGAAUAUUUAAUGCAUUGAGGUCAGUGAAAGGA